AUGGAGCUCCGCCUCCUCAACCCGGCAAACCACCGCGCAAUCGCCUGCUCCACCACUAAAUCUUACUCCAAGAAAAUCUCGCAGCCCGACGACGGCAAGCGUCAACAACAGGACCUUCAAAUUCGUAAAAUUUCGAAGAAAGACCUCUCAAGAAUCUUGAGAACAGAGUCUGCCAUUAAAGCCAUUGAGGGGAAGGUUAAUUCUUCCAAGUACAAUAAUCUAUGGCCUAAAGCUGUUCUUGAAGCUCUAAGUGACGCAAUUAAGCAUAACCGUUGGGAGUCCGCUCUUAAGAUAUUCGAGCUUCUACGAAGGCAGCACUGGUACGAGCCGAGACGCCAGACAUAUGCGAAGCUCUUGGUAAUGCUGGGCAAGUGCAAGCAGACAAAUCAAGCUAGCCUGCUUUUCGAAACAAUGCUCUCGGACGGCCUAAAGCCUGCAGUCGAUGUUUACACCUCACUUGUGGGUGCUUAUGCUGUAAACGGGCUUUUUGAUGAAGCCUUCAGUGUUGUCAAUGAUAUGAAGGCCGUACGUGAUUGCACACCGGAUGCUUUCACUUACUCCAUCCUCAUCAAAUGCUGUGCCAAGCUGAAAAGGUUUGACAUCAUCGGGCGAGUUCUUGAAGAAAUGUCGAAUUCAGGACUCGAAUGUUGUACAGUGAUGUACAACACCCUAAUAGAUGGAUACGGUAAAGCUAACCGUUUUGAGGAUAUGGAGAAAUUUUUGCAUGACAUGAUUCAGAAGGAAAAUUGCGCCCCGGAUAUUUUUACCUAUAACUCGGUGGUUGGGGCUUACGGUAGGUUUGGGAGGAUUGAUGAAAUGGAGAAGUGGUUUGGAGAGUUUAAUAAGAUGGGAUUAAAGCCUGAUAUAAUGACGUACAACAUUCUGAUUAAGUCGUACGGGAAUUCGGGCUUGUAUGAAAAAAUGGGACGUGUUGUGGAUUUUAUGGAGAAGAGGUUUUUUUCACCUACAAUUGUUACUUACAAUAUAAUAAUCGAGGUAUUCGGAAAAAGCGGAGAUAUUGAAAAGAUGGACGAGAUUUUCCUGAAUAUGAAACAUCGGGGUUUGAAGCCCAAUUCGAUCACAUACAGUUCUCUUGUGAGUGCAUAUGGUAAAGCCGGGCUGUUUGGGAAAGUUGACUCGAUUUUGAGGCAAGUGGAGAAUUCGGAUGUCGUGCUCGAUACGCCUUUUUUCAACUGUGCUAUUAAUGCAUUCGGGAAAUUUGGUGAUGUAGAGAGGAUGAUGGAGUUAUUAGAGGCAAUGGAGGGGUGUGGGUGCAAACCGGAUGAUAUCACAUUUGCUACAAUAAUCCAAGCGUGUCGUGCAAAAGAGAUGAUUGAUACUGCUAAAGCUCUGGAGAGUAAAAUGAUUCAUGUUUCAGGGAGGAAGUGGAUUGGCUGA